AUGCAGCAGUUGGUCCAGGAUGGACUAGACCGGACGCAGAGAGCAGCGUCCAUCAAGCGAGGUAUCGACGAAGGCCUGCAAACAGUGCAAGCGGUGAGGGGGAUAGUGGACAAGGCGGUACAGACCGCACCGGAAGCCGCCGUCGCCUGGGCCGGCGUCUGCCUUGGACUAGAGAUCCUUUCGAACCCCGUCACCGAGGCACGCGACAAUCCCAAAGGCAUCGUCUACGUUCUGUCAAGAAUGGAGUGGUAUUGGAACUUGGUGUCCCUGCUUCUCGACGAGAACAAGGCUGAGCAAUCUUCCGCGGGACUGCGAGUCCAACUGGAGAAGCACGUCGUGCAGCUCUACGUGAAACUUUUGUCGUAUCAGAUACAGAGCAUCUGCCUUUAUCACCGGAACUGGGCUGCCGUCAUCGGAAGGGAUAUGCUCAAACUCGAUGACUGGGCUGGCCAGCUCAGCGAGAUCCAGGAAGCUGAGGCUGCCGUGCAAAGAGACAUGGAACAAUACAAUACUGAAGAGAGCAAGACGCAACUUCGGAAACUCACCGACGCCGCAAGUGCUAUAGAGAUGAAUCUCCAAGACAUCCAUUUGGCCAUCCAGGACCAAACACGGCAGCAGGAGAGGAGACACCAAGACGAUAGGGACAAGCAAGAAUAG